UCUUUUGUCAGUUAUCAUUUGGAUCAGCAAGUCGACUUAACAUGCAGAACCGAUUACUCGAAGAGCUAUUGCGCCGGCGUCAGCAAGAACAGCUCUUGCAGCAGUUAGGAUCCGCAGCUACGCAGUUGAAUUCGACCACCAUGAGUCUGUCGUCGUCCUUGGGAGGCACAGGGACAAACAAUUCCAAUGCCUUGUCUUUGGCUGGGAAUCCCUUACCGGCUGCUCCUGCUCCAUCUACGGCCGCUUCUCCGAUAUUAGUGUUAGAGCUUCAGAGACGGCUUCUUAACGGCGGCGGUGGUGGCCUUGGCAAUACCGCGGCAAGUGGUCUGGGUCUCGCUCCAGCGGCGGCUUCUUUGGAUUUGAGUAGUCUCCUUGGAAACAACACUUCCGCUAGUUUGACAGCAGUGCUUGGUGCCCUAGCCUCAGGAUCCGCCAAUAAUGCUGGGUCCAAUGAGGACUUGCUGCGGAGCAUGGCUGCCACAGGAAUUCUGCAGCAGCAUCCGAAUCUCGCCGCAAGUCUUCUUUCAAGUCAAGCUCUGAACCCUGGAGGUACUGAUGCCGCGUCCCUCUUGUCAACUCUGGCAAGUCAUGGUGCGGCACCCGGGGCUGCUAGUGUAUCACCCGCACCCGCAGAGACAAACUCAAAUUUGGCGCCAGACCGAAAGCGAGACGGAGAAUCCGCCCAACUCUGGAAUAAUGCCCAGGGCGUAGCAGAACAACUCUUGAAUGCCCAGGGCUUUGGAGGCGGUUCUGAUCUGCAACUGCAAUUGCAAUUCCUACAAGCUGCCAAGAGACAACGGUUGCUGACCAGUAACAAUGGCAGUAACAACUCUCCCGCUGACAUCCAGGCUGCUGCCAGCCUUCUGCAUCAGCAGCAGCAGCAUCAGGUCACUACGAACAGCACAAACCCAGCCGCGUCUGCAGUGCAUGUUUUAGCAUCAGCUGCAGCCCAAAUGGAGAGGAAGCAAGCCGCCGUCCCUGUUAUGAGCCAUCCUCCUGCUCGUGGGAACAGUUUUCCGUUACCUCCCCUUCAAGAAGAUUCCAAGACGAAGGGCGAAAACGCUACUCCUGGCAUGCCCAAAUUAACCUCGUUUCGAAAGGCUUGGGACAAUGUCAAGAGUAAGGGGAUGCGAAAGGAAAUCUUUCUGCGAAAACUCUAUCACUGUAAAAUUGUUCCGUCCUCUCCUUCUUCGUCUGCCACCCCCGGGGCACGACGAGGGCAAGCCAAAGAUGCAGCAAGAUACGAAUGACUCGACUCGACUCUGCUGAAUAGGAAAGGCUUGGUGGGACAUGGUGGGUGUGCUGGUUGAAAUGAACCUGAAGAUGGCUGGUAUCUUCUUUAUUUGAUUCUGUAUAUUAUAUUACAUUACAUCCAUGUACAUUGAUGCCUGUUCUGGAUACAUAUUAUUGAGAAGUCAUCAUUAUAAGCAUACUUUUACUUGAAGGAU